AACAUAAGAUAAACCGUCCAUUACUUGUAUUCUCAACAAGCCAUUUCCAUCAAGAUCUUAACAAUAUGUUGAUUCAGGAAACGAAAGAAAUCGAAAACGUUAGAGUUUCCGAUCUCCGAAACUUGUAGCUUUUUUGUCUAAUAAUUCAAUGCGAAAUCGACAAAUAGCAUGGCGGAACAAGCGAUUAUGAAGAGUUCGCCUGAAAAUGAUGAUUCGAAAUUGGAAAAUUGUGACAAGAAGAAAGAGGACCUGAUAUUGGAUCCAGAAUUCUUCAGUUGUAUGCUUCAGCCUUUGCCUUCCAAUUCAAAUCCCAAUUACAUUGGAAUCCGCCGCCUCCUCCUCCAUCGGAAAGCUCAGUCCAGUGUCCUGCGCCGCAAGGAUUGGAGAUGUAACGGAAAAGGUUAUGUUGCCUUCCGUAAUUACAUUAAUAGGCCGAGAAAUUGGGAAAGUUCACAAAUACCGAGUUACCCGAGCACUCCAGGACAGAGUGGACAAUGGAUACCAUCUCCAAGUCCAAUCUCCCAUAUGUUUGAGGUGGACAGCUGGAGUACGAGCAGGGAUCUACGAAGUGGUAGUAGAGCAUUGAGUUUCCGCACAAGUGUCAGUUCAAAUGCAAGCGAUACCGAGAUCCCACGUAGAAAGGGCGAACCUGCAUAUUCCUUUGUUGGGAUGCAUUGCAUUUUUGACCAGUGCAAGGCCAUGGUUACGGUCAUAAAGUUUGGGCACAUGAGCUCUGAUCUGCUUGCUUAUGGAGCAUCAGAUGGAAGCUUGACUGUAUGCACUGUUUCUACAUCACCUGCAGUUCUCAAGCAGUUAACGGGACAUACAAAAGAUGUCACAGAUUUUGACUUCUCAGCUAACAAUCAGUACAUCACAUCUUCCUCAAUCGACAAAACUGUGAGAGUAUGGGAUAUCUUGAAAGGCCUUUGUAUGAGGGUGAUUUAUGGAAUUUCACCUCAACUUUGUAUUCGUUUUCAUCCGGUGAACAAUAAUUUUCUUUCAGUUGGCAAUGCAAACAACGAGAUAAUGGUGUUCAAUUUCAGCACUGGAAGAACAAUCAGUAAAGCGACCUUUGACAGUGAGGUUACUGCUAUGGACCAUGACCACACUGGUCAGCUUAUCUUCUGUGGUGAUGCUAAGGGAUGUGUAUACACAGUUAGUAUGGAUUCACAUACAGGUGCCUUAUCUAGGUUUCAUCGUAACCGAAGUAGCGGCAAGCACAAUUCUCCAGUCACUACCGUGCAGUACAGAACCUUUUCUUUGCUCUCCCGAGGUCCUGUCUUGCUAACUUUUUCUCAAGAUGGAAGUUUGUCUUUCUUCAGCAUCUCUUUGGAGAUACAAGGUUAUUUGACUCUUCGCUGUGCACUUAAAUUGGCUCCACGACUGCAUAGCAUUCGUGCUUCUUUCUGUCCUCUACUUUCCCUUGAGAAGGGAGAAUUUAUAGUUGCCGGGAGUGAAGAUGCUAAUGUCUAUUUCUACGAUUUAACUCGACCAAAGCACACGUGUGUAAACAAACUACAGGGUCAUGGCUACCCGGUUAUUGGCAUUGCUUGGAACCAUGGAGAGAAUUUGUUGGCUUCUUCAGAUUUUGGUGGAACUGUCAUUGUAUGGAAAAGAGCAAAGACAAGUUGAAAGGGACCCUGUAAUUCUUUUACCAUAAACUGAAACCAAAGGGAUUAGGAAAACGAACUAUCUGAAAUAGAAAAUAUUUGUGUAAACCUCCGGCUCUGUUGGGUUCUUAAAUACAAUUAUUUAUUUAUUUAUUUAUUUAUUUGACGGAAAAAGUCGAAUCCAAAUGAAUAAUGCAUUGUUUGAUUUUUGUAUUGAAUGACAUGUAAACUGUUUUUA